GGCUGGGUAUAAAGGCAAAUGGCCCUGGAGCAGUGAAGGGAGGGACGACACGACACGAGAGACGUCAGGACUGGAAGUUUAAAGCCUUUUAAAAACUUUACAUCCGUCGGAGUUUUGCUUCUUCAGACUUCACGUUUAUUUUCAGCAGACAGCAGGAAAAGUCUGUCGCGAGAAGAAAAGAUGAAAUACAUUAUAGGCAUUGGCGGGGUCACUAAUGGUGGUAAAACCACUCUGACUAAUAAACUGAUCCAGACUUUGCCCAACUGCUGUGUUGUGCACCAGGAUGACUUUUUCAAGAAACCCGAUCAAAUAGAAGUCGGGGAGGACGGCUUUAGGCAGUGGGAUGUGAUCACAGCUAUGGACAUGGAGGCCAUGACCAACACGAUAAAAGGGUGGAUUGAGAACCCGGCAAAGUUCGCCCGCUCCCACGGUGUCACCCUGGCUCCUGUUCCCGACGUGGCCAACCCUGACGAGCAGAUCCACAUCCUGAUUGUAGAAGGCUUCCUGCUCUACAACUACCCGCCGCUGCUGGAGUUUUUCAAUAAGUGCUAUUACAUCGCCAUCCCUUACGAGGAGUGCAAAAGAAGGAGAAGUACCAGACAGUACACCGUCCCCGAUCCUCCCGGCCUGUUUGACGGCCACGUGUGGCCCAUGUACCUGAAGCACAGGAAACAGAUGGAGGACAGCGGUUUGAAUAUUGAGUACCUGAAUGGCUUGAAAUCCAAAGAGGAAAUAUACAACCAGGUGUAUGAGGACGUCCAGAACAACCUGCUUAACUCUUUAUAGCAGGAGGAGGACUCUUCACACCUGUACAAACCUUGUAAAUAGCCAAUAAUUCUUUUUUUUUUAUGAGGUGUAAUUAAAUUUUCUUUGUACAUAGAAUGGAGCCAUGUUAAAUUAUGAUGGGUUUUUUUUUUAUUUAGAAGUUUUUGUUUUAUUAAACAUAUUUGACUUGUUGUUGGGUUUUUUUAUAUGCUGUUGACUGUUAUUGGACCUUUUGGUCCCUACCUGUGACUUUUGCCAAUAAACAUGAGUUGCUGUUAAAAUACAGUUCAUCAAAACAAA